AUUAUGAUGAAUUUCAAAAUUAUUUUUGUAUUUUUGGUUUUUGUCGCACUCGCCAGUACCUGCGAUUAUUAUUGUGAAGCGAAGUGCUAUGAAGAUGGUUGCAACAUUGGGGAAUGUGACAUGUUUGGUUGUUUCUGUGAUGACUGCUACUGGUACCCGGAACGUCUAUCAUUAAUUGACGUUGCAAGAGUGAAGAAGGAUGUACAGAAGUCCAAGCUUUUCCCACAAAAAUCAUCUACCAAAUAAAAACUUUAAAAUAUAAAAUUAUAAUAAAUCAUAUUAACUAAUA